AUGAAGACCUCUUUCGUCGCUCUCCUCACCAUGGCCGCCAGCGCCUUCGCCAGCCCCGUCAACGUUCAGCGUGACACCGCUGUGCAGACCAUCACUUUCGUGACUCUCACCGAGAGCGUCCGCACCUACACCGCCCAAAUCAACAAGACCCUGGAGACUGUUCCUGAGAACCCCACCGUCGCGGUUCAGACCAACGUCAUCACCACCCUGACUCCCCAGAUCGAGGGCAUCACCGACCUCCUGGUCAAGGCCACCAAGGCCGCCACCAGCGAGGACUUCCUCACUGGCGUCACUGGCGACACCCUGUCCGCUGUUCUCUCCCUGGUCAACGAGAUUGUCUACACCAUCAAGGCUGUCAUCUCCAAGCUCGGUCUUGACGGUGUCCUUGCCCUCGUCCAGCCCCUGAUCCUUGCUCUCGGUGGUCUUGUCCGCUCCCUGAACCUUGUCGUCGAUGGUCUGCUUGUCAUUGUCCAGGGCAUCCUGAACACUGUCCUGAGCACUGUUGCCAACCUCCUGACCACCCUUCUCUAA